CGACUUGGAAAGCCUCGACACUCCGCCACGAGCAGGACGAGAGGCCCCAGUGUGUUUUUACUCGGGGCUGAGUAAACGAGCACCUUGUUGUGUAUAAUAAUACGAUACGAACCCACACAGAGGCGCACAGAAAGAGAGAAGGAGCGAGCGGGAGAGGAAGAGAGAGUGAGCGAGUGUGAGAAAGUGUGUGUGUGUGUGUGUGUGUGCGCGUCGACGAAAGAAAGAACGAGGAAAGAAAGAGGCCGAUUACGCGCUGGAAUCUCUUUGGCUAUCGGGUAUACGAUUUUCGAUUUUUCAACGCGACCGCGCUACGCGCCUGACAAGAAUCGUUUGAACCUUCCGGAGUUGGACCGUGCUAAACUUCCUCGAGAGUUAUUUAAGUGUGAAGAACAUUCGAUUUCGAAGGAAAAUCGAUGUUCCAGCGUUCCGUGACAAAAUCCGGUGACAAGUACAGUGAAGUGAUCCCCGCCGUUUUCCUCCUUUCCAAACGGUCCCUCAUCGAGGUAUCCUCGCUCUUGGAUUUAAUUCUCGUGCGAUGAGCACCGCGAGGUGAUCCGGAAUAUUCGGCGAGUUAUCGGCACCGGGAAGUGUUUCUAGUGGCUCAUCCCCGUGCAGGCUUUUCGUCGUAGUUAAGAAAAUCUUAUACGUUCCCGUGUAAAAGUUGCUCCCCAAAAUGCACACGCUCUUCGGCGAACAGAAUGCCUACUACCGGCACGCGACGGGUGUCCCGGUCGGCAUGGGGACACCCUCGUACCCGGGGGUCGGCGCCGGACCCGGUUACUACGAGCAAUACCGUUACGGAGGCUACGCGACAGCGGCGGGCUACCCGGUGGCGGGAAUAGCCCAGCAGCACAUGCACCACCCUGGCAAGGACAUGGUGAAGCCGCCGUAUUCUUACAUCGCUUUGAUAGCGAUGGCGAUACAGAACGCGCCGGACAAGAAGAUCACGUUGAACGGAAUCUACCAGUUCAUAAUGGAGCGUUUCCCGUAUUACCGUGAGAACAAGCAGGGCUGGCAGAACUCGAUAAGGCACAACCUCAGUUUGAACGAGUGUUUCGUCAAGGUGCCCCGGGACGACAAGAAGCCAGGGAAAGGUAGCUACUGGUCGUUGGACCCCGACAGUUACAACAUGUUCGACAACGGUUCGUACCUCAGGAGGAGACGGCGAUUCAAGAAGAAAGACGCUUUGAAGGAGAAGGAGGAAGCGCUCAAGCGCCAGGGGAUCGUCACCGAGAAGAGGCUCGAGGACACCAAGCCCAUGCUCACCGGAGGCAGCAUACAGAGCUCGGACCUCAGCGCGAAGAAACUUGGCGCGAUGGACUGCAAGCAGCCGAAGAGAGAACCGAUGACCGAGCAGUCCCACUGCAUGGCCAACACCGUUGGAAAAUACUCGGCUCACGGAAUAUCGACGAUCCCGGACGCGAAGACCGCGACGACGAGCAGCGCCUCGUCGGUCAUACAGAGCUCCCUGGGACACCAGUCCAGCGGCCACCAACCGGUCCAUCCUGGCCACCCCGGCGUCCACCAGGACGUGACGAUGAACGACGUCGCCAUGGCCCUCGACCCAGCCGCCUUCAGCGUCGACGCCCUCAUGACCAGCCGCGAAAAUUCCGGCGCUUCCCUCAUGCCCUCGAGCAACAGAGAACACCCGCAUCCCCAUUCCCAUCAUCCUCACACCCUCCAACAUUCGCACGGAGCACAUUCCAACCACGGACACCCUCUCAUGACUUCCGCAUCCAGGGACCCGAUGAGCUCGAUCGCGACGAGAGACCACUCCGCCAGCACCGCCGGCACCGCGAACGCCCCUGGCUCCGGCGUCGGCAGCGUCGUCACCGGCUCCACGACCACCACGACCAGCGUUUCCGCCGCUGCCAUGAUGGCCUCCACCGGCUACGGACACGUCACUUCCUCCAGGCUCAACCCCUCGCCACCCACGAGCAUGUACCCCGCUUAUUGCCCGACCACUGCCACCGGCGGAUACAUCAUGGAUCAUGCUGAUUACAACGUCGCUGCUACCGUCAGAAAUCAUGGGGCUGGACACACCCAGUGGUACCAGGAAUCCGCCAGUCCCGAUCCAGGCGCCAUUUACCAGGAUACCCAGUCACCCAGUUGUCAAAUGUACAGAUCAAGCCCACCGACUCCUUUAUCCUCGGGCGCGGCGCCAUCGCCACCGCUUUACCACCGCUACUACCAAGACUGCAACGCGGUAAAUACCAGCGGAAAUUUACCGAUAACGCUUCACAAGUACUGAGAAUACAGAAACUCAAGAUCCCUGCCGAGGGAUCUUGAUCUGUCGACGGUCAGUCAUCACGGCCAUUACCACCAUCACCACAAUCUCCAGCUCGAGCAGCAUCACCAGCAGCACAAUUACGUCGAUCCUUGCCUCGUUUACGUUAAGCAAGAGUGGAACUCUUCACCGGAGGAAAUGUCCAAGGAAUGGAAUUGAAGGAGGCCGAACUGCGAGCUGCGGGGGGGAGGUUACGAGAACGAGACUAAAAUCGAAACAAAUACGACGCUCUAUCAUAAACCGAACAUUUGCGAUUCGAGCAAAGGUGAUAAAAACGAAAGGCUGCGACGCGGUGAGCGGGAGUGAAAAAAGGAAGGCGAAAAAUAAGAGUAAAUAUUCGAAAUUAAAAUGAUUGCGGAGCGAAGAGAAUCGACGGGGGACACCUGUACAAAUUUAUCGCGAUUUCGUAUGUACUGACCUGACCCAACUUGGGCAAUUCUCUGAAAAAAAGGAAAAGAGAAAUUCACAUUUUUUUCUGUCUUUUCUUUCAAUUUUGUAUUUUCCUCUAGUUCCUUCGUGUCAGUGUUUCGCGUCGUUGGUGCAAAGUUUCUGUCCACGAAUAGAGCGAGAUCGUCGGGGCAAUCGACUCUUUUUCACUUUCUCCUCCUCCCCAUCGCUCUUCUCAAUAAUUAAGUUUUUCAUUGCUCUUUCUCUCGACUCCGCACGUUAAUAGACAACUGUGCAAACGCACGGAUAACGACGAGGAGGAAAAACGGUGCAAACAGGGGACCGCGCGAACCGACGACGACGCGGUUUGCUUUCGUUUUUCCUGCUCCCUCGCAUCUCUCGGGCUCUCUUUUUGCGCGGGGCAAAUAUAUUUGUUUGCCGAUUGUCUGCGCUCGUCUCGUGCUCCUCGCGGGGCGCAAGGUGCAUGUGCGAGCGACCAAGAGGAGAAAAAAAACGAAUAAACAAUUACGCUCCCGUGCGCACAUGUGCGCGAAGCCGAGGCAGGGGGCGACCGGGCAAAAGAGUUUUUACAGCAGGUGAGGACGAAUCAAAGUCACUCGUCGAAAUUUUGCCGCUCCUCCGCGAUUGAAAUAUACGAUUUUCGCACUUCUCCACCGCGGAAAGGAGACGAAACGGAACGAGAACGAGAACGAGGGAGGGCGUUGGGGGACAAACUUGUUAAAUAAAUUCUUCGUGAUACUCGGGAUAGAAAAUGUCAAUGUAAAAACAAAAUGCGCAUUUAUAUACUUAUAUACAUACGUAAGAGAUGAAAGAAAAAAUAAGGAAGAAAAAAAAGCGAUGAAAAAAUAAAAGAAAACACGAAAUAAAACGUCAUUCCUGAGGACUCGCGACACUAAAUAAAAAAAUACCCAACGUUCGAGGACGUUCGUAAUAAGAGAGAUAAUUUAUUCGAUGGUACAUGUAUAGAGAAGCGUUACGAAGGAAACGAAAGCUUAUUAUUUGUAAUAUUGCUUGUAACGAAACGGACAAAGCAACGUUAUGUGAAUAUAGACGAAUUAUUAAGGGAGUAGAAAUUCGAGGCUCUUUAACCACGCGACAACGUGAAAAUAUUCUUUAUCGAGAUUCUUAGAUACUCAUUCUGCGUGUAUAUUAUUAAAUUAAAUAUAUAAAGAGUAUAUAAAUACACGAUAUAUUAUAGCAAUAGAUUGUAUAGUCGAUAGUCUAUAUAAAUAUAUUAUAUAUAUAUAAAAUAAAUAUAUAUAGUAUAUUAAUGUAAAUGUACGAUAGUAAAUGCACGUUUCGCUGGCAGUGGAAAAUUCAUUAUUAUCAUUACCACUUAUUAUUAUUAAUAGAGAAUUUUUCGCGAAUAUGCAAACGUUCCAGAAUAAAAUAUUAUACAAAGAA